UCAGUCAUGUCGACUCUUCGUAUUAUGCCUCUAUAACCACUCCAUCUCUCUCUCUCUCUCUCCUCUUGUCCAUUAAGUAAUAUCACACGCAGACAAAAGGGGAAACGAAGGAAAUCAUGGGCAGCAUCUGCACUUCCAAAGAGGUCGACAGAGAGCUCCCCACGUUCCUUAGGGUUUACAAGGACGGCACGGUCGAGCGCCUCCCUAGUAAUGUCCGGCACUCCAUAUGUCCCGCCUUGCCUGGAGGACCCGAAGACAGGCGUCGCAUCCAAAGACAUCACCAUUCGCGAGGACCCUCUAAUCCGAGCAAGGCUCCAUCUCCCGAAACUCGAAACUGUUAAUGAGAAGCCUCAGAAGCUCCCCAUCUUGGUCUACUACCAUGGCGGCGGCUUCUGCAUUGGGUCCGCCUUCUCUCUCUUCGAGUAUCAGCACCUCACCACCCUUGUCGCGGAAGCCAAGAUACUUGCUGUCUCCAUCGAGUACAGGUUAGCUCCCGAAUGCCCUAUACCCGCCAUUUACGACGAUUGCUGGGAAGGCCUCCAGUGGGUGGCUUCACACUCGGCCGACGGUGGAGCCGCCGCUGCGAAAGAGCCGUGGCUGGCUGAUCACGGCGACUUCCAACGUGUCUCCGUCGCCGGCGAUAGUGCUGGAGCCAACAUUGCCCACAACGUCCUCAUGAGGGCCGGCUGCGACCCUCUACUUGGCGGCACAAAGAUAUCCGCCGCGUACCUGACCCACCCCUACUUCUGGGGCUCCGAACCUAUCGGGUCAGAGCCCAAGACGGGCCUCGACAAGGCGCUUUCGCAUGUGAUCUGGACUUUCCUGUACCCGACUGCGAAGGACGGGAUCGACAGCCCCAUGGUGAACCCGUUCGCGGCUGGGGCCCCGAGCCUGGCGGGCCUCGGGUGCGGGAGGCUGUUGGUGAGCGUGGCGGGGAAGGACCGGCUGAGGCAUAGAGGGUUGAAGUACUGCGAGGCGGUGAAGGAGAGUGGGUUCAAAGGAGAAGUGGAGGUGGUGGAGGUUGAAGGAGAAGAUCACGCUUUCCAUAUCGUGACUUUUGAGAAGGAGAGCGCCCAGGUCCUGAUCAAACGGCUGGCUGCUUUCCUUAACAAAAGUUGCUAAGUUUGUUUUGCUUCAUUUUUCGUUUGAUCUGUGAGAAUGUUCUUCUUGUGUGCUUUGUGAUCACCAGUUCUUGAAAAUGGAAACCUAAGCGUUGAUUUCGCUU